AUGAACAACCCCAAAUUCAACGACCUCCUCAAAUGGGGCAUCGAAAACUCCGAGGUGUCGCGAAAUGACCCCAAUGCGCCCAAGAACCCAAACACGCAGCUCGACCCCCAGACGCUGCAGGAGAUUCUAAGCGGCAUGUCCGGGCCGUCUGACGCCGACAUGAUGAAGUACAAGAUGGAGGUCAUCCAGCACCCGGAGGCCACGCUCGAGCAGAAAGUCAUCGCAUUCGAGGAUUUCGAGAUGAUGAUCCAAGGCAUUGACAACGCGAACAACUUGGAGCCCCUCAAGCUGUGGACACCCCUCAUUGAGCAACUGGAGCAUGAAGAGGCCGACCUGAGGAAGUACGCGGCUUGGUGUGCCGGUACAGCGGUAGAAAACAACGUCAAGGCACAGGAACGGUGUACUGACAGCUCCUGGUUACUCCUGCUUGGUGCCCUGCCCACUCUCGUCAAACUCGCGACCGAAGACUCCAACGAAGCCGUGCGCAAGAAGGCCGUCAGGGCUCUUUCGUGCGCGACUCGCAAUUACCAGCCAGCGCUAGACGCUGUAGUCGACAGCGUACCCGCUACAUUCAAGCCUGAAAAGGAAUUAGAUGCCACAGAUAUGGAUUCGGUUGACAUUCUGAUCGACAAGCUGAGGACGGAUGCCACGCGCGCUCGUUAA